AUGGCCACUCUCCACAGGCGAACACCUCGCCGACAAUUCUCUUCCCUGCUUUCCUCUGCAUUCUUGCUUCUGUCCUCUCCUGCACUCUCGGCCGACCCUGCUUCACAUCCAGAUGGCUCUCAACCCCGAUGGGGACAAGCCUCCCUUCUUCUAUCAGAUAACUCGCUGUUGGUCUACGGUGGAAAGUCGCCCGCAGGUGGAGGAUACACGUUCAGCAGCUCUCCCAAUACCGACGAUCUGAUUUCUCUUUCUCUCAAUAGCUCAUUCUCCACAUCAUCUCCCCCAUGGCAAUAUCUCUCCGGCUCCAGACUAUCUCAAGGAUCUUCACAGCUGGUCUCAUACGCGACUCUCGCCUCCUUGGUGGAACCAACGGCCACCGAUCCAGGAAUCAUCCUAUCCUUUGGGGGGGAUGUCAGCUCUUCGCCCAACCUGACAGGCACCGAUAGUUCAUGGAUCAUCAAUCUACCUCCGACUGGCCCGAGCACCCCCUCGACGGCUCCCGUCAAGCUCACACAGCAGGAUCCUACCUGGGCUCAGCAACCAAUGCGCCGGGUACGUCAUACGCUGAUCUCGGCCUCCAGUCCAACUUCACUUCGUCUGUGGGCUCUUGGAGGCCAGAGGGCAGAUGGCAGCCAGACCGUACUCGACGAACUAUGGCAGUAUGCCGCCCCUAAGUCUACCCCACUCCAAGGCACCUGGUCUCAGUGCUCUGGCGCACCAUCACCGACCUUUGAUCACGCUUCCGUCGCAAUGCUCGACUCUUCAAAUCAACUCAGAAUCUAUGCCAUGGGCGGUGUGGGUGCUAACAAGCAAGGCUUGGAUAUGUCAAAUCUUUACCGAUUUACUCCCGACCUCUCUUCAGAUAAGUGUACCGGCAGUUGGGAAACGAUUCCGCUGCGCACUGCUUCAGCUCCGACGGCCAGAAGGGGGCAUUCCAUAGUCAGCCUAUCAGCCACCCAGAUCUUGCUCUAUGGAGGCGCCUCAGCAGACGGCGAGCGCGUUUACAGCGAUCUUUGGCUUCUAGACCUUUCUGCGAUGAGCUGGAGUAAUCUGAACCCGGGAGAUAGAAACAGCCCUGGAGCGCGCUGGGGACAUACCAUGGUUCGAUUGGGCAGCAACGUCGUCGUGGCAUUUGGAUUCGGUAGCUUGGACACGAGCCAGGCUGCGUCAUCCAACGUUGGGAUCUACGAUUUGCAAAACCUCAAGUGGUCCGAAACCUACACACCUUCCACAGCCGAUGGCCGACCAGCCGCACAGCUGCCCCGUCCAGCCGACCCAGCCGCCCACGACCCGAACAGCUGGAAAGUCCCCGGGUCGAAAGACACCGUCAAGCCGCUCCCGGUCCCGCAUCCGCAUGACCCUUCCUCGCCGCCAACGACCGGUAAAAUCCUGGGCAUCACCUUUGGGAUCCUAGGCGCACUAGUUGUGGGCGUGGGCUCGGUGGUGGCAUACCGUUACCAGAAGAUAGUGAAGGGUCGGCGGGCAGUUGCAGCCGGCGCAUACCGACAAAAGGCAUAUGGGCCAGACUUUGGGGAUGGCGAUAGCCAGAACGAUGAUAAAGUACGACUGGUGAACCAGGAAGACAGUCUGCACGCGGCCCACACGAUCCCGCGAGCCCGGGCAGGCAUGAGUCACCGGCUGGAAAACACCGUCCCAGGUCCGUUGAAAGCCUUAGCCGGAGUCGGCGUCGGUGUUCGCGCGCUUUUGCCCCACAACAAGCGAAACAACAAACACAACGAGCGCUUCGAUAUCCUGGCUGAUGAAGAAAGCGAGGUCUGGGUGUGCACCGAGUCCGCCAGCCUGUCCGGCUACGACGCCAGUAGUCCUUCCUCUAGUUACAACCGUGAUAGACCAUUGAAGAAGUACGACGAAUGCUGCACCGAGCGGGUUCGGCUGCCACCCCCUCCACCUCUGCCGAUGUCCGAAGUCAAGCAGAAUCUUCCCUCCCUUGUUACUACGCGUGGUGGCUUACGAAUUUGGGAUGGGAUCGACGAACCUGCGGAAUCCCAAUGUGGAUUCGGCACCUCAACUAGUUUCCUUGGUGCCUCGCUGGCGCCAUGGAGUGAUGACGGUCGAGGCCCCUCCUCGGUUUCAGAGUAUGGACAGUACGAGUGCAUGCGGGAUUCCUCCGCACAGAUGAACUCGAUAGGUGGCCGAGGGUCGACCAGCUCCCACUUCCAACAAUCCUCUGGGGAAAGCUCCUCGCGACAUGACCCUUUUGCCGAUCCUUGCCCUGAGGAAGCCGGUCAUCAUACUCGAGAGGAGUCAGGAUACUCGACCAUUGAACUGGCGGAUUCUUCCCGAGCGAGCAACGCAACAUACGUCGCACCAGCCAACGAAGCCGAGACGGGAGAUCACUGGGGACACUCGGCCGCGGGCCUAUCAACCAUCAGUCUGAUCAGUACCCCUGCCAAUCCGUUCUUGUCACCAAAAACUCCUGAACGCGUCGGCAGUUGGUGGGGCCGGUUCAACAAGCAUAUUGUCGUUGAUCACUCAGAGUCACCCGGUGCCAUUCAUCCCAUCCGCGACCCAACACCGGCCCCUCCGAUUGCCCCGAUACAUCUCUCCAAAAAGACUCCGGAGCUAGCCGAAAACGUGAUCGAUGAGCACGGCAGAUCCCGGUCUGGAGACGUCAGUCAGCUCACCCACACCUCUCAGACCUCCAUACAAACGGCUACUUCGUCCAUGAUUGAAGCCGCGACAGCACACAUGACGGUUGUCCAGCGGCUGCGGUCGACAGACAGCAGCAGGAUAUCCGACUCGUCCUCCGUGCCCACCAGUUUUCAGAGCCUCAAACCAGCGAGCAUCGCGUCCCCGACGAUCCCAGAGUGCGAGCUAGCCACUGCGGGCCUGCCGCCGCUCGACAUGGCCGACCGUCCUCUAUCGCCUCGGCCCAAGGGCCCCCGUCUCAACUCGCCCGUCCUCGCCACCACGCCCCAUUCGUCGAUGCUUACGAUGGUCGACCCGCUGACGCCGGUCGAGCAAACCUUCGUCGAGCGUCCGGCCGCCAGACGCACCGAGACCGCCGGCUCUGUCGGCGUCCGCGCCAUGGUCAAGCAGUUCGAAACUCCCGCCCCCACCCCCGUCUCCGCUGAGCGCAAAACUAAACCUAAGCGCACCGGCGAGCGGGUCAAGGUCGAGCGUAGUCUGGUCAAAAAACCGCUGCUCUUCGUCGCCAAUCCGGAUAAAUAA